GUCGGUCUGAGUCAAGGAUGAGACUAUGUUGUAAAGUUAUUGAAAUAGAAAUCUUCAAAUUGGCCUGACCAGACUUGUACAGAAAGUUUUGACAUGGUAUCAGGUUUUGUUGUGAGCAGUAGACCAGUAGAUGGGAUAUAAGUGGGACAUAGAUGAGUGAUUAUUUUUCACACAAGUGGUGUCUAAUCUUAAUGUAUAAGUAUGUCAGUAGUAAAGAAGUCCUACAGCUUUGUACCAUAUUCAUGCAUUUAUAUAGAUGCACAAUGGCAGGACUUCAAAACGGCAAUAUUACAAAGUUUGAGUUGUCAUAAUAAAUCAGAUGAAGUGACGAAUCGGUUGAGAAAAUUAUGGAUGACCAGCAUGGACUCAAACUUUAUUUUUCCUUGUUUAUCAGUGCGGAGCGGUGUCGAUUUAUAUUUACAAAUCAAGAACUUUCCCCCGGGAUCGGAAAUAAUCAUGUCUGCUAUUAAUAUUCCCAGCAUGGCUCAUAUUAUAAGACAUCACAGGUUGAGAAUUAUUCCCCUUGAUGUUUCUAUUGAAACUGUGGCACCAAAAGUAGAAUUACUAGAAUCUUUGAUAACUCCCAAAACUGUUGCCAUAUUAAUUGCUCAUCUCUAUGGAAAACGAUGUUGCUUGGAUCCGAUCAUUCAAAUAGCUCAGAAGUACAAGGUGGCUGUGAUAGAGGAUUGUGCGGAAAGUUUCGAUGGAUUACAUAAUUUGAGUCACCCAGAAACCGACGUGGCGUUGUUUAGUUUUGGUGUCAUUAAAUAUUUCACUUCAUUUGGAGGAGCUGUAGCAGUAGUCAAAGACCAAUCAGAUUAUGCUCAAAUGAUGAAAUUACACUCCACGUAUCCUGUGCAAAGUCGGCAUGCAUAUUUACGAAAAGUUUUAAAAUAUUGUGCUAUGUAUUUUAUUUUGGAAAGCAAAAGAUUUAUUCAGAUGUCUGUAUAUGUUCUGAACUAUGCCGGGAUUAAUUAUCAGAAUUCUGUAGUGAAAUUAUUACGUGGUUUUCCAGAGCGUUUGAUUGAAAAUAUUCGUUACCAGCCAUCGGUACCCUUGCUGUCUAUGAUGUUGCAUCGUCAUUCACAUAUUGAAUCUGAUGAACUUCAGUUACAAAGAAUGAAGGGUAAAUAUGUAGAAAGUCAACUACCACCUGAGUUAGAAACAGUUGGAACACGAGCAGAAAUAAACAAUUAUUGGUUGUUUCCAAUAUUAGUGGAAAAUCCAGACACCUAUGUUGCUACAAUUAAAGCUCUUGGUAUAGAUGCCUAUCGUGGUGCUACACAGUUAAAUCUCAUUGAACCAGAUCCUGUUGAUACUGGAAACCAGGAUAUCAGUGAGGAAGAACAUGAAGAUCUCCGAAGGAAGAAUCUCUUUUAUUAUCCUCAUGAAGCUAAAUAUCUGAUAGACCAUGUUGUUUAUCUCCCUAUAAAUAAACGUGUACCUUUUCCAGUAUUAGACCAUAUAAUCAAAAUGGCGAAAACAGCAUUACGACUCAAUCAUCAAACUAAAAUACAUACUCUAACACCUUCUAUACAAUCCAAAUUAUAAUACCAAAGUUAUAUUACAUUCUUUUGAAUCAUCAUGAAAAUAGCUGAUAUUGUGGGCUCAAAAAGAUUGUGGGUGUUGUGUGUAAAGAUUACAAUGUACAUGUUGUGUAAAAAUAAAAAAGUCACUUUACAGAUUCACAUUAUAACCAAUCUGACUAAAACAUAGAUCCUAUUUCGUUUUGUUUUUAUAGUUCAAAAUUUCGUUUUACUUAUCUUUACUACACUUGGAUCUGGAAUAGUUGUUAUCAUUGACGUGUUCUAAAUAGUGUGAGGAAUUAGCCAAUGAAACGGUCAGUUACGGCGAGCUUUAGGCGUGUUUUGCACGGAACUGUGGGUAAUCCACUAGUAACAUCAAUGUUGAUUGGUUAAUCAAAUGUUUGACGUCAUAGGGUCAAAAGCCGCUUGUAUGACCUCUGACGUGACCUAUCACUACAACUGGUCAGAUCUUCUUGUACUGUAGGCCAUCGAAAGUAUAGAAAAACAAAACGAAUUAUAGAUCUGUAUUUUAAUCAGAUUGACAUUAUAACUUGAAUGAUUAUUACAGUAGAACAUAAUGUGAAUCCUUGUUUAUAGAAUAUAACAUGAAACAUGAAUCUUUGUCAUAGAACAUAACAUGGAUCUUUAUUAUAGAACAUAAUAUUGACUAUUCAGCAUUUUUUUUUUUUUUUAAACUAAACAUAAAUCUGUAUUCAUAUAUUAAAAGGUAAUUUGUUCAAUAAAAGUGGUGACCGAACACCAAGAGACAGACAUAAAACAAAUAUUAUAGAUCUAUGCAUAUUAUUAUCAAAGAAAGCAACAAUAUUCCAUGACAAUCCAUGUCAACAUAUAUAUAUAUAUAUAUAUAUUCAGUUUUAGAUAUCAAGUGUUCUAUCAUCUUAUCUUUAUUAUUGAUGGAACAAAAUGUAUAAACUUUGAUUUUGAAUAACGUAAUUUUAUUCAUUUUGUGUAAGCUUUAUUAGUGCCUUCUUCAGAUAAUAUCACAUAAUUUAACGCAUUGUCUGAUGGGAUUGUAAAUCAGAGUAACAUGCUCAGCUGAAGUUAAUUUAACAAAGGCUUAAAAUAGUGUCCUUUAUAGUGAAUGCUAUGGCAUAGUCAUAAGGAAUUUUAUUUUAUGAAACAAGUUCAGUUAUGACCGUUACAUGACCUUGUGGGCGUUGGUGCAAGGAAUGAAUGAUCGAAAGGAAAAAGUUAAAGAAAUUCUGAUAGCUUUAUAUAAUACAAUAUGUAUGACUGUACCAUAAAGACUGAUAAACUGUUUCAAUGGCAUUUAGUAAUUGAACUGGAAUAUACAGGUCACAAUUCUAUGGAAUACAAUUACUGCUUAUUACUGAGCAACGUUUUGACUAGGCUUGAUCGAUGAUGACUAGAGAAACCUAGUCAAAAGAUCGCUCAGUAAUAAGCAGUAAUUGUAUUCCAUAGAAUUGUGACCUGUAUACCACAAAGACAUAAUUGGUAUAUGUAAUUACAUGUAUAACCAAGCAUUUAAAUAGGAUCCUAGACAUAUUUAGUGUUUAUCCAUAAUUUGAAGAACCAAAUAUACUCUUCAAAAAGGGUAGGGGAUAUUCAGAAACAAUACAAAACUGCGGAAACUCGCAAAAAGAUACAUUGUGAAAAUGGAUGUUUUUGUCUUAAUAAUGAGUAAUUGCUCCACCAAUCCUCAGACAUUCAGCAAUUCGUCGUGGCAUGCUCCUAAUCAACCAUCCAAUCACGACUUGGGGCAAUCUUACCCACUCCUCUUGCAGUGCCACGGCCAAUUCUUGCAGUGUUGUCAGUUGACGUUGAAGUCGACGAACACGUCUCCCGAUCAAAUUAAACGUAACACACUAAAGCAAAGAUACGCUAAAAGUAAAUCUUAGGCAAGAACCGAAAGGAAAGCAAACAUGGAUAGAUAAACCAGCACGCGGCAGUUUUCAUCAACCCUUCCUUGAAGUGUCAAAUUUGACAAUGAACCCUUCCCACAUGUAUGGCGCUAUUGCGUGUUGUAUGUGCAGCUCAGUGAUUCUGUUGGGGCGAUAAGUUCUUCAUCUCUGAACAUACUCUCAAAGCAUGUCAAAUGUCCAUGGCUAUUUAUCAUAUCACAACCUGCAUAGGUAUUUGCAUUUCAAUACCCCUACUUUUUUUUAAGAGUAUAUUAUAAUUAAUAACAUCUAGUCAGAUUCAAACACUAACCUGCUACAGUAUAAUUAAAUGUAUUCAUUGUUUUAAUUUUGAUCUUAUUGUAUAGUAUUAACUAUUCUCCUACUACACCUUUAUUUAUUGUCUUUAUUUACCAUUUUAAUUAACUAUUUAGUUUAAGUCACUAGUGGCAACAUUUUGAUAAUCAUUACAAAUUAAACUUAAAACUAUUAUAUAUCUCAAUUCUUGUUAUAUUUGUCAUGUUAAUUUUAUGUUUAAUGUUAUAAAAUAUUUAUCUUAUUUGAAAAUAUAUAUUAUGUUUAGAAAUGCUGUGCUACUUACCUACUUACAUUUAAUUUAUCUGUGUUUUUUUUACCUUGCAUAUUUAAGAGACUUACAAAUUUUUAACAAGAAAAUAACUACAGGUAAUUUCAUAUAAUAUUCAAACUUACCUUAGAUUUUUUACUGAAAAUCCAAUUAACAAUUAGCCUGCUUAGAUUAUAAGCAUUAUUAAUCAGCAUCCACUGAACUUCUGAAAUUAACUAUAGGCCAUACUGCAUAAGGCUUGUAAUGUAAGGAAGGAAUCUUAAAAUGGCUGUAUCACAGUGAUGGAUUGGCACAUGGAUCUCAAAUUUUGCUUGCAAUCUAAUCUGUUCUUCCCAUCCCACACGACCCCCUACCCCAUUGCAAUUGUAUAGCAAAGUUAUGCCAACUCUAAAAAAAAAAAAAAAAAUUCUAACAAGGAAAGACCUUCAAAGUUCUAAAGCCUCUUUAAUUUAUGUAUUUGUAUCUGGGCACCACUAAGCAAUUCGUGACCUCAUUCUUCAGUUUGCUGAAAGGUUUGAUUACCAAUAUUUAAAGGCCUACCUGCUAUAUACUUAUGUUCAUGACAAAUUACUUACAUUCUAGGUCAGUAUUUCACUUAAUAAUUGUCCCCCACCAUUUCGAAGAAAGCAGGGGACUAUUAAAAUGGGUUCGUCCCUCUGUCUGUCCAUCCGUCUGUCUGUCUGUCCGUCACAAUUUUUGGGACACAAUAACUCUCUUUGUAAUUGAGCUAGAAUGUUCAAACUUGGUGUAGGUGUUUAUUAAGUCAAUACCUUGAUGGAGUUCGAAGAUGAGCAUUUUCCGCUUAGGGUAAGCGGAGAUAAGCGAUUUGAUUGGUUGAUGCUUUGGGACACGAUAACUUUAGUUCUAAUUAAGUGAGAGUGAUGAAACUUGGUGUAUAGUUUCAUUACAUCAAUACCUUGACUAAGUUCGAUAAUGAGCAUUUUCUGCUCAGAGUAAGCAGAGCGAUAAGCAAUUUGAUUGGCCAAGAUUUUUGAACACAAUAACUCGCCUUCUAAUUGAGCUAGAAUGUUCAAACUUGGUGUAGGUGUUUAUUGGGUCAAUGCCUUGAUGGAGUUCGAAGAUGAGCAUUUUCUGCUUAGGGUAAACAGAGAUAAGCAAUUUGAUUGGUUGAUGCUUAUGGACACGAUAACUUUAGUUCUAAUUAAGUGAGAGUGAGGACACUUGAUGUAUAGUUUUAUUACAUCAAUACCUUGACUAAGUUCGAUAAUGAACAUUUUCUGCUGAGGUUCAGCAGAGCGAUAAGCAAUUUGAUUGGUCGAGACUUUGAAACACAAUAACUCUCCUUCUAAUUGAAGUAGAAUGUUCAAACUUGGUGUAGGCAUUCAUUAGGUGAAUCCCUUGAUAGAGUUCGAUGAUGAACAUUGUCUGCUUAUGGUAGGCAGAGAUAAGCAAUCUAAUUGGUUGAUGCUUUAGGGGCACGAUAACUUUAGUUAUAAUGAAGUGGGAGCGAUGAAACUCUGAAUAUAGAUUCAUUAUAUCAUGACCUUGACUAAGUUCGAUUGUGCGAAUUUUCUGUCUGGGCUAAGGAGCGAUAAGCAAUUUGAUUGGUCAAGACUUUGGAACAUAAAAACUCUGCUUUUAAUUGAUGUAGAAUGUUUAAACCUGAUGUAGAUGUUCAUUAGGUGAAUGUCUUGACUGAUUUCAAUGAUUAACAUUUCAAGCUAAAGCUAAGCAGAGCUAAUCAAUUUCAUUGGUCGAUGCUUUUGGACAAGAUAAUCUUGAUUCUAUCUGAUAGAGAGUGAUGAAACUUAGUGUGUAGUUUGAUUGCUCAAUACUUUUGAAAAAAAAAAUUGUGCGAUUAAUUAAUAUGUGUCAUCUAUUUAUUUUGGGAUUUUGACGGGGGACAUCAGCUUCACUGUUGGCUUGUUGAAUUUGCAUAAUAAUUCUUUAUUUUUUUAUUAGUUAAGAUCUUAUAAAAUCAAAACUUAUUAGAUUUUAACUCAUGUAUAUAUAUAUAUAUUUCAUUAUUUUAUUAAAUAAUUGCCAAAUUCAUCUGCAAUUAUAUAUUUCUGUUUUAUUGUACAUUUCUGACUUUUAUACGAUAAUAAAAUAUAUCCUGUUUUA